GAUUCAUACGACAUAUACUGUGCCGAGAAGUUUUCACAAAGAAGUUGGCGUCGAUGUUGUGGCUCCCGGUGUAGACAUGGAGUCCAAUCAGAAAGAGUUUCGAUAUCACAAAUACUAUCAAUGGGUUUGCUUUGUGCUGUUCUUUCAAUCGACAUUGUUUUACAUUCCGCGAUGGCUGUGGAAGAUGUGGGAAGGUGGCAAGAUUCAGGCACUUAUGAUGGACUUGGAUGUCGGCGUCUGCAGUGAUCAGGAAAAGAAACAGAAAAAGAAACUUCUGGUCGAUUACCUGUACAACAGUCGGGGUCAUCACGACUGGUAUGCGGCGCGCUAUCUGUUUUGCGAAGUACUCGCUUUGGCUAAUGUGAUCGCACAGAUGUAUAUGUUGGACAAGUUCUUCGAUGGAGAGUUUCUCACCUAUGGAUUACAAGUCAUUCAAUUCGCACAACAAGAUCAGGCUAAUCAUUGCGUAUUCAAUGUAUUCAUGUUAGAGGACAGGAUUGAUCCGAUGAUUCGCAUCUUUCCAAGAGUAACCAAAUGUCGUUUUUACAAAUACGGUCCGUCAGCUAACAUCGAGACCAUCGAUGCCUUGUGUUUACUGCCAUUAAAUAUUAUUAAUGAGAAAAUAUAUAUUUUUCUCUGGUUUUGGUUUUUAAUAUUGGCAGCUCUGACAGCCAUUGUCAUAAUGUUUCGUCUAGUGAUCAUUGCUUGUCCACCGGUUCGGGUGUAUCUAUUGAACCUUAGGUUCCGACUCUCACAACUCGAUCAUUUGCAUACAAUUGUUAGACGAACAUCAAUUGGAGAUUGGUUUCUUGUGUAUAUGUUGGGCCAAAACAUCGAUAGUGUUAUUUACCAGGAAGUGAUUCAAGAUUUGGCCACCAAAACCGAUUCUCAGCCAAAAGAGAGCCAGUCUUUGAUGUCUACAUAAUUGAGACAAAGCUAACCAUAUAUGAGAGAAAAGGACCAAAUCACCUUGAUCUAAAGGAUCUGUUGCAAAUCUGAUCCAUUAUUUGUUGGCAUCUAGUUAAUUAAAGUCUUAUUUACGUCAACAUUGGCUAUAAUACUCUACGAUAUGAAUAUGAAGUACUAAACGGUAUACUGUAUAUCAUAAAGAAAAGUCUUAAUGGUUAAACCAAAUCAAUUAUGAAAACUUAUAUCAAUUUGGGAACAACUCUUUCGGAUCUGUUGAAGCAAAAAUUAAACACAAAUUAUACU